AUGCAUCGAGUCGAGAAACAGCGUUUUAAAUCUUCACGCUCGCGACCGGUAUCUUGCCACUUCUGUCGAUCAAGGAAGCUCAAGUGUAGCCGGCAAUUCCCUUGCUCCAACUGCACUAGUCGGGGCAAGACUUGUCAGCUCUAUCCCACUACAGCAUUGCCUGCCAGUUCUCAGAAUCAGACAGAUAAAUUGCCUAGCAAUGAUCAUGCAGAUAUACUGGCCCGCUUGCGGAGGUUGGAAGAGAUAGUGAUCACCAAUGGACCAGCAUCUAGUCCCAUGGCACAAGAUACUACCCAGGCUUCGUCACUCCAUUCUCCUCCUACCCCAAAAUCGAAUCAAUCAUCCAUGAUUCAUGAAAGCCAGUCAUCCACAUCGGCGGUAAAUUGGCUUGAAGGCGAGAUAUCAUCGUUAGGCUCACUGGGUAAUAUUUUCAAGUAUGAGAUUGAAUUCAGAACUUGCCCCAUCCGUAAUACAGUGGGAUCUGAACCAAUCGUACAUCAAGCUCAACCCAUUAAAAGAUAUAUCUGGCUGCCACUUUACGACGAAACGAAGAUAAUAGUGGAAAAGUACAUCACAGAGAUCACUUUCCUCCAUCAUGUAGUUCAUAUCCCCUCAGUGCGUACCAUGGUAGAGGAACUCUAUUGUAAUCUAAGAGAAAGCAAGCCAGUCAAGAUUGGGUACAUUUCGUUGCUCCUCGGCAUUCUCGCCAGUACCACGUCGCUCUGGGCUGAACGCGACAUGUGCAACUCCAUAUUUUCGACCGUUGAAGAAGCACUUGCGCAGUCUACACAGUGGAUAAGACUUGCGUCGGAGAUGGUCGAUUACUCGCGUUACAAACACUUCGAAUCCAUAGAGGAUAUCCAAGCGAUGAUCAUUCUCAUAUUUGUGACUGCUAAUAUCGUGGGGAUUACCCCCCAAGCUCGACAUAUGGUUUCCACUGCCAUCUCGUUUGGAAGAGAACUUUCCUUGCAUCGGAUCGAUCAUCCAUACAAUUCCCAUCUAGAUAUGCCUUCGCCAUCCUCUGCGAAAGCAGAGAUAUGUAGAAGAGUGUGGUGGUAUCUCGUGGCGACUGAUUGGUGA